AUGUUCCAGGAGUUCUCGUACGCCACGCCCGCUCUUCUCGCCCAUUUGGUCCCUAUCUAUUCUCUGCUCUGUUUCCCUGAUUUGGUCGUGCGUGUCUCUGGUAGGUUUCGGUGGAGGCAGCAGCACAGACGGCACUACCCAUACGAAGUUCUCGGCAAGGCCGACGCCAGGGGUAAGGGUGAUUAUCACAUUGAUUAUGUGCCUGCUCCAAGAAUCACAGAGGCUGAUAGAACAAAUUACCAGAAGUCGUUACAACGAGCUCUUGAUAAUAAAUUGUAUCUCCUCCUGUAUGGCAACACUUACGGGGCUCCUGAUGGAAAGUCUGUUUGGCAUUUUCCAGAAAAAAUAUAUGAAAAUGAAGAAACUAUGCGACUGCGUGCUGAGUCAGCAUUGAAGUCUGUUCUUGGGGGACUUGACAAUACGUACUUUGUUGGCAAUGCUCCAAUGACUCAUAUGGCUCUUAAACAAACAGAUUCAAGUGUUUCAUCAUUCAAGCGUUUCUUUUUCAAGUCACAAGUGGUCGGCACCACGAAAUACCAUAUUGGAAAAUGCAAGGACUAUGCUUGGGCCACCAAGGAUGAGCUGUUGGAAUAUUUUUCCGAGCACAGAGAUUUCUUGAACAAGAUGAUCAUUCACAUAAGAUAG